AUGCCGAAUAACGAAGAAACAGCCACUACCGUAAAGCUUGAAGACUUUAAAGAUGUCCCCAAGAUCCCAUGUGCACGAAAUGCCAUGCUUUACGGAAUGGGUGCUGGUACAGGUGUUGGUGCUGUUCGUUACUUGAUGAAGCAGAGAAUCCCUACUGCCGCAAAUUGGGCCGUUGCCGUAUUUUGCGGCGUUUCGGCAGUGUCUUUUGAACUCUGUCAAAUGGCUCGCAAGCAAAAGCUGGAAAAACUUCAGCUUAUCAUCAAAGCAACCGAUUCGCGCCCUAUCCCGAGCAACGAACGAGUGACAAUAGAUGAGCGUGGUAGAAACGGAGCAUUCCACGUUAUGGUUGAUCUGCCAGAAACCAAGAAAGAUUAA